AUGAAGGGAGCAACCACAGAGGAGGAAGUGCAGCUGGAUGAGGCGGGCUACGGGCAUGUGACUGCUCAUGGCAGCCACGGGCAGGUUGUGUCUUUCUUGCGGCGCCUGGCCGCUCAGAACCACCAGGAGCUGUCACAGGAAAAGCUGGAGGAGCUGGCGCGGCAGCACAUGAAGAUACCCAAGAGCCUCGAGGAACUGCGAGCGGACCUGGCGGCGGCGAGUUCUGCAGAUGACGACGCCAAGGCCUUCGUGUUCGUGGAGCCCAGCGAGGCAAUGGCGGCACAGGCCCUCCGAACGGGAGGAGGAGUGUCGGGCGCGGCUGCGAGCAGCUCUGGACUGGCGGCGGAGGUCCUGGUGGACGGCAGCGCGCUGUGCGCUGAGAACGUGCAGGGCGACGCCUCCAACACCUUGCAGAUCGUGGCUCCCCCUUGGGGCCUUCAGUCCUACUUGCUCCGUUCCCGCAUGUUCCAGCUGGUCAUCCUGCACCGGGGUGACCCGCAACGGGGGCUGGUGAUUUCCUCCAGCACGGACCGGAGCCGCCUUCAGGCGCUGGCAGAGGAGAUCCUGCGUCAGCUGGGCCCGGCGGUGGCGAGCCUCGGGGAAGCCCACACCUACCAGGCGCUGCAGACACAGCCGGACCUGUUGAGGCGGCUCAUGGUGUCACCCCAGGCGGUGGCCGAGGAGCUGCACUUGCCCUCCGCGCCCUCUGAGGAGGUUCACCCCGAGGAGGAGCAUGGCGACUGCCCCAUCUGCUUCGACGCGCUGGCCCCCGGGGAGGCGGCGAUGCGGUGCUGCGGCGCCGGCGGGCAGCACCACUACUUCCACGCAAGGUGCCUGCAGAGCUGGGUGCACUCCUGCCGCAACGGGCGUGAGGCCACCUGCCCAGUAUGCCGCGGCCGGCUGCAGAUGAACGGUCAGCGCCUGCAGGAGUUCUUGAACGGCAGCGAUUCGGCGGGUCUCUCCCAGGACGAUCGCACCUUCCUGGAGUCUGUGUCAGACGGGCUUCGUGGCAAAAACCGCUGGAGCAACAUGAACCGUUUGGAGCGAGUGGCCUAUGCCGGGGGGGUCAUGGCAGCGGCGGGCUGGGGCUUCAUGCUGGGCUUUGCAGAGGAGCGGAACAGACGGGGCCAGUCCCUGUCCCGUGCCCUGGUGCUGGAUGUGCUGCCCAGGGAGCAUCAAAUGGCGCAGGGCAUUGGAUACCUGGUGGGCCUGCUGGCUCGCGCUUUGCGGCACAGCUGGCAAGAGCAAGACAGGGAGCGGAGGCGAAACGAGCGCUCCGACCGCCGCCCCCCUUCGUGA